AGUCUUCAGUUCCCACAUGCAGGACGCAACAACACAGAGCAGGCUUCUAUUCAAAAAGGAAGAGUCUCAAGAACAUAUACCUAACAACCCUAGCUCAGAAAUACAGGCGUCGUCUGCUAUCCCCACAUACAUGUCAGAGCAUCAAGAUAGAACCCCGGGCUGGUCUUUCAGUAAUCUUCGAUCAAGCCCACUAGAUCCCACUCUCCAACACCCAUCUAGUGCACAUGGCCACUCCCCUCGACGAAUUGCCUCCUUUGUCUACCAAGGCCAAGAUCCCCCUCUCAUGUCCGGAGGAGCAGGUUCUCCAGACGGCAUUCAUCUCCAUGUACCAGACCCCGAAUCUCAACAUAAACAUCGGCGUCGUCGCUCUAGCCCCGUGCCCGUUCCUGUCUACAAACUCAAGUGGAACCUCACCCUUGGUUGGGGCACGUAUCUAAAGGAGUGUGUGAAGUAUGAAUCAAAGCGGCGGGCUAAAUUGAAGAGGAGGCAGGAGCGACGGGCACGUCGAGAGGCGAGGAAGAAAGCCGAUGAUAAGAGUAGAAAAGUUGCGUAUUCACAGAGCGCUCAUAGUCAGAUAGUCGAGGCAAGGGAUAGGGAACAGGAGGGGUUCGUGCCGCCAGCGAUUAGGAUCAGUAGAGAUCAGAAUCCGUGAUUAGGUGGGUUAUGGGUUGUAUGUUGUAUGUUGUAAGGUAGAAACUAUUAAUACACAUUAUUUUAAAAUGAAAAAAAUAA